AUGGCGACGCAAAAUGACCUCCAAGAGCUCAUACGCCUACUCACGGCGCGUAAAGUGUCCAUGAUGACAGCCAUGGGCCAAGUAAAAGCUCUGCAGUCAAAGAAUCUCCGAAGUAUCGCGCAAAUCGCCGAUGCUCAUUUGGCUACAGUCGAGGAAGCCCUCGGAGGCGAUGCCAAGGCAGCAAAGAGCCUUCAAACAGCGUGCAAGAAUCACGAGAAGAAGAGCGGUACUAAGCGCGCAGCUGAAGAUGGCGUCCCAACUACAGCAGAAGUGAAGAAGCCAAAACUAGAGGCUCAUCGACGAGAUCUGGACUAUAGCUCUAUGUCGGGGGAUGAUCUCGAAGCAACCCUGGAGUUACCAUUGGAAGAGAACGAGGAAAUCAUACGAAACACUACAGUUGUUACUAACAGAGCGCCCUUGCUCUUGGCCUUCGCUGUUGAGCUAUUGCGAUUUACCAUGCCGGAACAGCCUCCCAGCAGUCGGUUGAGCCUCGCCCAGGCCGUUGUGAGCGCCAACUCGCGAACCAAAGCUAUAAGUAUAGGUAUCGAGAAGGCUCCUCCUAGUGGGCAAGAAAAGGCCCCAGAGGGACAGCCCAAGAUUUCGAUCAUGAACCGUCCUGUUCCAGUUCUCAAACGAGGCGGUUAUACCUGGUCAGGCUCUUCUCAGGUUACAUCGUCCAACGCUUCAUCAGCAACUCUUCAGAGCAGCCAACCGAACCCCAAAGGCUGGACUGCAAGCCGAAAGUUAUCUUCGAGGGGUUCCGUAUUCAUAGCCCAUGCUAUAUCUAUAACUUCACCUUCUGCACGUGGUGCGGUUGUCAAAUCUCUUAUGGCUGAGAAGCCGGAGCUGGAGACUGCAACACACAACGCCUGGGCUAUCCGAACUAGCUUCGGAAACUCGCCCCUUAAACAAGAAGCUUCAUUUGAUGACGGAGAGUCGGGAUGUGGAAACUUCUUGCUCCAACAACUGCGCGACCUCGACAUCAGCAACACCCUUGUCGUACUUACAAGAUGGUACGGCGGUGUCAUGCUUGGCCCCGAUCGCUGGCGCCUGAUGAAAGAGUGCCUCAACGACGCUCUAUCAUCCCAGAAGCGCACAUCCAGUCUCAAUGGGGAACCUGUAUGGGCUCUCGAUCCAGAAGACAAGAGCCCCUCAACAUCAACAGUUGGCAUGCCGAUCCAUCGACCAGAAGGUGCACGGAACUACAUUCUACGAGCCUUUGCACCAGUCGAGGACAGCGGAAAAAAGAAGACGGUCACCGCUGCCAAUGAAGAGAAACACGAGAAUCUGGGACGUGUUCUCGGUGCGUUGCGCUUACUGUUUGCGAGCUGGGCUGGUACUCUGAGCCGCGAUGAGUUGGACAAGCGAGCGUGGACUUGGUAUAUCAAUCUUCGACCUGAUGUUGAUUCUGGGCCUGCUGGAUGGGGAGCUAAGGGGACGCUGAAUCUGGGAAAGAUAUUGGAUUUGAGGAGGAAGGAGGGCACGUAA